CCAAAAGCCAACACGUACAGUCUCCUCCAACCAUAUUUCACUACCACUUUAAUGAGCAAUAAUCAGGUUCCCAAUCCACGACCCGAAAUCGUCGGCCCUCAAGAAGUGCAACCUCCGUAUCCGAUUUUCUUCCAAGGUGAAGUUGUUCAUGGAUUCGGGCGCGGUUCUCGAGAAAUGGGGAUUCCGACUGCCAAUAUCUUAGAAUCCGCAGUACAGGAGUUGUUAAAAGAGCGCGAGUCUGGUGUAUACUAUGGGUUUGCACAGGUCGCAGAUGGUGAGGUUUAUCCGAUGGUAAUGAGUGUCGGAUGGAAUCCUUAUUACAACAAUGAAAAGCGUACGGCAGAGAUACAUAUUAUGCAUUCUUUUCCUCAAGAUUUUUAUGGCCAGCAAGUUCGAGCGGCCGUAAUGGGUUACAUUCGCCCAGAGCUUGAUUAUGAGGGUAUUGACAAGCUAAUUGCAGACAUUCACUUUGAUAUAAAAGUGGCACACAACAGUUUGAGCCGUCCAGAUUACGAGCGAUACAAGCAUUCAAGCUUCUUUCAGAGCCCUUCAAAGUCACCCGCUAGGGCUGAAGAGCAGAAAUAAUCCCGUGCUCGGGUAGAAUGGCUCUUUUUUGAUUUUAAUGGAGGUAUUGAAAAAGACACAAAGCUUCGUACUUGCCAUCGAAACCCUCAAGUGCACUCUUGCUUUUUGGUCAAAGCCUCAUCUGUUCUGUAGCGUUUCAUUUUCUUUUUUUUUUGUAUUCCCUCAUUCGAUAGCAGUGCUCGACUCGUUCAUUGGACUUGCCUUCCAGAGACACACUCGUUUAUCGUAAAAGGAACAAGUCGCAAAAGUAUUAUCCUGCGACCGCCAGUCUCCUCCGUAGCACAUACUUUCGUGCUCAUCAAAAACUUGCGAGUGCAACUCGAUAUCUUCAAAGCCUGCUGGCACACGCAAGACUUGGGCUCCGCGAUGCAUAAGAAUACCCAAAAUGUCAUGACUUCGUGUAACACUGUCUGUAUACAUGUGCUCAAGUCGCCAAACACCGCCGCCCAAGUUUUUAUCAGCAAGAGGUAGGCACGCAGAGCGGACAUCUAGCGUAUGAAUAAUGUCACCAUACUCGCCAGUCAACAUGUAUGGACCAAAAGAUUGUCUCGAAAGAAUAGACACAACUCCGGUGGUAUGUACACGCCGGUUUUUCCACACGCUCAUACCUGGCAUUCGACGAUCGUAGCAGAUGAGAGCUGCGUCAUCUCCGCCGGAGUACAAAACGUUUGGUGACUUGUCGACGUCUCGGCUCCAAUGCACGGUCCAUGCCUCAAAUCCAUGUUCUGACCAUGGUUCACCACAGAGCUCGCCCGUCUCAGCAUCAACGAGCAGAACCUGUCCAGCAGAUGUUGACACUGCCAGUGUGUCGCCUUCCGGACUGAAGUCUAACGCGAGUAGCAGCACCGUUUCGUCAACAAGCUGAUCUACUCGAAGUGGCCGAAGACGUGACUCUUCGUGAUGCUCAUACACAGAAAUCUUUCCAGUGGAAUGGGCAACGAAUAACAGCGCUGGUUUUAUCGGUGACCUGAAUGCACGUUAGCUGAUAAGCGUUACGAUUGUUAAGAAAAGUGAGAGUAUGAAUACCAUUGUACAGUUUGAUAUUUGAAGUCCCUACACCCACCAUUCCCACAUACCAUUUAAAAUCUAAAAUUGCAUCACAUUCAGUUUCAAAUAUGCGAUUUCUUU